UUGAUUGUCAAACCAGUGACAUUUCCGAUAGAACAUGAAAACAAGCAGUUUUGUAAACAAAAAUAACGAUAGCUUGGUGAAAAUUCUCUGAAACUCCCCAAAAACGUAAAGGAUUUUGAUUAAAACACGUUAAAUUAAGAUCAAAAUGUCUUCGCCCUCGGACCAAAACCCAGCGCAACCAAACUUUACGUGCUACAACGACAAAAGCCCACCGCUGUAUCCAAGCACGGAUCGGUUUAAUCCGCUAGGUUUCAGCACACCCCAGCAGCGAGGAAAUUUUACAACUCAAGCAAGAAAUUAUUAUUCCGUUCAGCCGAAGCACAUGCUGCCGCGUGCCAAAGGUUCUGAUGGGCGUUACAGACAUAGGCAGGACAACAAUCAAAACCAGAAUCGUUCAAGCCAUUUCUCCCAAGACCAGUCUCAUAAUAGCACAGAUCAAGGAAAUGGCAAUUUUCAUUCCGGUAAGCGGCUUGGGUUUGGUCACAAUUGGAGAGGACAUCAUAACCGAAACCAACGAUUCGGGGGACACACCCGACCGCAACACAACUAUCGCCAAAAGCAACAAAUACCAGAAGCAUAUAAUAUUGGAGACUAUUUUCACCCGUCCAUGCUGGAAGAUCCGUGGGAGUAUUUGCAACGGAAAGGCACUCCAUCCUUUGAUCGGUCUGUGAAGAAAGAUUCGCCGGACAGAGCCGAUGAAGACCGUGGCGAAUCAGCUGACAGUGACGAUGGAGUUUAGCAAGGUAGCUUAUAAGUAGAGAAAAGGAUAACCAGAUCUCUCAAUACUACGCUGGUGCAAUGGACGACGAUGUACAAAAUCGACUGUGUACAAAAACCGUGUCACAAAAUCAAAUUAAUUACCACAACAAAUCGAAAACAAAUUAAAUAAUUGAACAUAAAACGAUGAUCUCAUUGUAAAAAUGAGCAAACAUGUAGAUGGUGUAAAUAUAACUUUUUUGUUGUAAUAUCACCAUUUUUUAAAAAGAAAAUUGUACCCACAAAAGAGUAUCGAAAUAAAAGCGACAGAUUUCCGUGUCGUAUUUUACCACAAAAAACGCUGAUGAACAAAAACUAAUUUUUUCUAACGAUAUUCUUACAUAUAUUCGACUAAAUAUACAAAACGUUCUCUGUAAAAGCAACUUUGAAGUUCCCACGGCUUCUAAAACAGUACUUAAACAGCAUAGACGUUGAAAGGUGAGAAGCACUUUUUAUCGAUAAGCACAUGAAAUUAGUAAGAUAAUAAGAGUAAAAUCGUUAUUAUAACAACCUAUUUCUGAAACUUUUAUUUGAAAGGUUCCGUAACACACUAAAAGGUUUGUGUAAAAACAUAUUAAAUAAUACAAAGAGAGUAUUGUAUCCAAAUAAUUGGUAA